UUCUGCACUUCAAUUGCUCACUUCUCUGCGAUUCUGUUUUGAAUCUUCGCCGGUUCUCGAGUCACGGUGCUUCUCUGCAGAUGUCGCUGCGCGCAUAGCGGAGUCGCAGCGCCACUUCUUCCACCGGCGGUGGUCACACGAAGGCCGAUGACAGCGGUGUGGUUUUUUUUGUUUGUGUCGGAAAAUCCGCCAGUGCAGCGAGUGCCGUCGAGUGAGGAGUUUUCCGUGUGAAUUGUCGCGUGACGAUCCAGAAGGAUUGGCCCCCUAAAUGCUUGAGAGUGUCCCCCGUCUGUUCCGUGCGAUGUUGCUGUAGCGCCGCGCAAUGUCGGUCCAAAUUGCACGUUGUCAGAUACUGAGAAUCGACUUGGCACGCUUUGGAUUAAAAACAUUGGCUGGCGCCCAGGAGAGUCGAAAGGAAACGUGGUGUCGACGAGGAAAGAGGUACUAUUGCUCAUCGAGUUCGCCAGAUUCAACAACACAAUCCCAAUCACAAAGUGCACCUAAAAAUGUAGAAGACGUAACUGUGAAGUAUAUCCGUGGGCUUCCUCAUGUCACAGUGCCACUGCCAAGUCGAAAUGAGCGAUGCCAGUUCGCUCUCAGGCCCGUGUCUCACAAUGUGGGUGACUUUCUCAACAUGCUGCACGAGGAGGAUCGUGGUAUCGAUCGGGCGGCUGUCCUGAGCAAUGAAGGCGUCCGGAUAUCGUCGGCGUGCUCAAUAGAAAAUCUUAUGGAUGAUAGUUUCUGGCUCCACAUUAAUGACAAGCAAUAUCACGUGAUGCCACCGAUAAGAGAUAAAAUAACAACGGAGGAGCUCACGAAAAUAGGAGAUGUGCGAGUUCUGGUGGCACAGCUCUACGAAGCUCUGAAUGUUGGUGAGCAUCAAAUUAAGAAGGAACGGGAGUUGCACGAGAAACUCGAGGAGUUGAAUAGUAAAAUUACACCACUGGAAAAGAAAAAGUGCGAAUUGCAGGCGAAGGCCGUGAAGAGGACGAACAUCCUCACGUGGGUGGGCCUGGGCUUCAUGUCUGUGCAGUUCGGCAUAAUCGCCAGAUUGACCUGGUGGGAGUACUCCUGGGAUAUCAUGGAGCCAGUCACAUAUUUCGUCACAUAUGGCACAGCUAUGGCGGCGUACGCUUAUUAUUGUAUUACAAAACAGGAAUACGUGCUGGAGGACGUGCGAGAUCGACAAUUCCUCAUUGACAUGCACAAGCGGGCGAAGAAGCAGGGCCUGGACUUGAUGCAGUACAAUCAGCUGCGUCGCGAGAUUGCCGACGUGGAGCAGGACUUGCGGCGUCUGCGCGAUCCGCUGUACCUGCACGUGCCGGCCGUGCCCAAGAAGCACUACGACGAAUUUGAUGCAGGCGACAAGGGUGUCGCGAGCACGAAGGACAGGAUCAGGAGCAUCCUCAGUGCAGCUACGAAAAGACUUAAAAAGUAGACGAUUGGCGCGCGAUUCUCCCUCUUUUCCCCCGUUUCGUCGCUCGUUGCGAAGUGAUUUUUUGUGUUUUUAACCUGUUUAGUGGAUUUCAGGGGGUGUUGAGAUGCUUUUGGGGCGCCGCGAGUGUCCGCAAGUCUGUUGGAAAGUGAUUGUUUUUUACCUCGUUGCAUCUCCUCUUUAUGCCUUGUUUGAAUACAAUCAAAAGAAUUAGAUAAACAGAAGAUGAAGAAGAAAGAGAGCUAUUUUAUCUGUAAUUUAUUGUUGUCAACGAAAAUCAACACUCGAUAUAGUUUUAAGUUAACAAACGUUGAUGUAUGCUUUAAGAAAUUGACUUUGUACUUAUAAAUAGACACCGAAUGACUUAUGAAUGGUGAUGGUUUUGGGAUGAGCGACUUUGAUGGACACUUCAAAAUAGUCAAAAACUGUCUUCAUUCAAUUGAUUAUACCGUGCAUUUUUACCAGUGUAAAGUCUUUCACAGUCUUUAUCUGUUAACAUUAGUGUAAAUACUCUGAUUCUUCUCACACAAUCGCUCAUCCCGGAUGUGAAGAAGUAAAAAGGGGAGAGAAAAUCUAUCCUUAUCAGUAGUGAAUCUUGACUAGUAUCGAAAUAUAACCUCCAAUAUUUGAUUGAUUUCCUUCGAUGCCAACUUAUGAGAAUCUUCACAAAUAUACUUCAUACUAUAAAUAACAAUUUAGAAUGAGAAGGAAGAAGAAAAAUACCUUAUAAACUAUACAUCUUGUUAUGGAAUCUUGUUGAUGAAGCACACUUUUAAGAAGAUAAAUCUUGCUUGGGCGAUUGAAAUGUUUUUGAAGACUUUCAAUCGUGACACAAAUUGCUGCAAUCUUUUUGAUAAAUUCUUGGGAUAUUUUAUUGUAAUUUAUCUUAAUAGUGAAUGAAUUGAAUGAAGAAGAAAUUGAAUAUACAAUAUAUUCCUGUUGUUAGGCUAUAUAUUUAAUGAGAAAAAAAAAUUCAUAUAUAUUUUUGCAAGAAUUGUGACAGACUUUUCAUAAAUUGUUGAACAUCUUUUUCAUCAGACGCAUCGAAAUAAUUCACUGUCACGAGGAUAUUUUCCCAAAUUUCCAACGCAAAAGGGCAAUUUUUGUGGCAUUUUUGUCUGUUAGCAAAUUUGGGAACAGUUUAAAAAAGAAAGCCUCAAAAUCACUUUCAUAUCAUAUUUCUUCUCACAUGUGAUGACAUUUUCCCCAAACUCUUCGUGAUUUUUACAAGCUUUUCGCACAAAAUUAAAUUGAUAGAAUGCUUCUUGACUUGAUUUCGCUGCAUUUCUGCACAAAUUGUUCAUGAAAAACUCGUUGAAAAAAACAUUUUUUGGCAAACAAUGAAACUCUCUUAGCGAAAUAUGAUAAAAAGAAAACACGUUUUAAUGCACAAAUCCGUCCUUGAUAUUCUUCUUCUCUAAAUUUCAUGUGAAAAAAUAAUACAAGCAAGAGAAAGCGGAGAGUGUGGAGAAAUUGAGUGUGGAAACAAGUCAGAAUAAAAAUUGUAAAUAAAAUAUGAUUAGUAAAAAUUGCGAGAAAACAGUUGCUAAUAAACCAUUUGAUAGCCGAACUUUAGCACUAAACAAGAAAUUCUCUAGAAAGUUUCAAAACAAGAAUAUUUAUCGAAUUCGAGCUUGAUUCAUAUAAAAAAAACUUUUUCAUCGAUCGAAUGCGAUAAAACCAAAAUUUUAACUCUUCUUACAAUCUUAAUUAAAAAAAAAGAGAGAUGAAAAACACUGUCUUUUUGAGCAUAAAGGAAAAUUUCUCCCAUUAACGUAUCCAAUCACUAGAGUUAUUUACUAAAACAAAAAAGAGAACAUUUUAGACUCUAUAUACUAUUUAGGUGAUUUAUUGAUGAAAAAAUGAUGAGAAAACUAGUUGAACUUUUUUCAAAAAACAAAAAAAAUUACGCUUCAUUGCUUCUUUGAGAGGAGAAAUUGAUAAAAAAAGAGAAUUCAAAGUGAGAUAAACAGUGAUUUAACUCUAGAUCUUAAGCUUCUCUACCUUUAACCUCAAUACUAACGUAUAAUUGACAAGAUACCAGAAAGAAAAAAAACCUAUUAAGCAUACUAACAGAAAGUAUAUUUACAUGAAGA